AUCUUAAAAAAUAAGGAAAACGGAGGGGGCUAUGCCUGCUGAGCGAGUGUACAUAUAUAGGUACUUACAUGUACAUAUCUUUUUUUUCCUUGCGAAGUGACUAGCAGAUGUGGCACCCACCCAAAACUGCCGCUUCGCUAAUGGUAAAGGAAUAUAGGGGCCUCCCAACCCCCCUAACUCCCACCUCUUCCCUUCACUCGUUUUAUGCAUUCUCCCCCCAGCUGAGUGAACCCAAAGAAAGGGAUCCCCCUUUUUAAAAUUCCCCCACUCCAUCCCCAGUGAAAUGUUACCCUUUUUGUGGUGCCAAAAAUUGCAUGUUGUAAUUUACCUAGCAGAUGAUGCAGCUCAGUUGGGAUAGACCCCUCCUGAGUUACAAUUGCCAUACGCACAUGUGCACGUAAAAAAAAGUGGCCCCAUAGUAGCGUAUUAUAUGCCUACAUAUGGACAGACGUAUCAACUGUCAUGCUGUUUACCCCCCCGCUCCACUACCCAUAUGAUCGACCCCAGUGGAGAGAAUUCCCCCUUCGCCAAAAACCAUGGCAUCGAUUACCUGUUUAGAAAAAACCUCCACAGCAUGGACGGCAUCCAAGGGAAAAUAAAAACCAUCUACGAAGAUUUCCAUGUGCACGAAAUUACCAAACACAACAUCAUCUUGCACUUGGAACAGCUCAUACAUAGGGAAAAAAUUAACCAAAUAAUUCUCCAAAAUGAGGAGGACGAGAGGGAGAAAUUAAUCACCAGCAUCUCCCAAACGGAGUUACACAUUCGUGAGCUAGCCAAAUAUGUAAAUAAACACAAUGUGAAAACGUUCAGGCGAUUCCUCACCCUUUUGCAAGACAUAUAUCAGCUAAAGGUGAAGAGUGAGGCGGGUGAGUUACCGCGGGACGACGUGAAGAAAGUAUCCACUCCGUACUGUCUCUUUGUACACCUGGACGAGAUGCCUUCUCAGGAGGAGUCCCAUGUAGAUGAAAAUGGGGGGGCCAUUCCCGGUGAAGAACCCCCAUGUAGCGAUGGCCUCCCCCCCGAGGAACCCUCGGACGGGAACAAAGCCGCGCGAAGAAACAUCCACAACGUUAUAAAGCAGUAUUACCCAUUUCUCCUGACGGAGACGAAGAGCGUCCCCCAGGGCCAAAGUGUGCUUUCGCACGGAAACAUAUUACAGGGAAAUGCCAACUGUGAAAAUAACAGUGCAGAGUUCGUCAGCGAAAAAGGGGCCUCUACACACAUCGGCGAGGAAAAGGCCGCUACACACAUCAGCGCCAUACAAAUCUACCCUUCCCUUAACUGCCUAAAAACUAUUUUGCCGCAGGAUAUAUUUAACAAAUUAAAAGGAAAUGCGAAGAAAUCCCGGUUCAGCCAAAACGACGAACUGGAAAAUAUUAUCUGCCAAAAGUUGGACCAAAUGGAAGAAAAAAAAAAAAUCACAAAAUUGCCUGAACAGGGCAGGCAGUUUUACCGCGAAGAGUUUGCCCCGGAGGACUCCGAUACUGCAACGGGAUUCUUCGAAAAUAAGAAAAGGAAAAUAGAGUGCGGGACUUUGUCUCAGAGUUUCGAUGACGACUGCCCAGGGGGGGGGAACAAAAAGGGGCGCGGGGAAAAGGAAGUCGAAGCGGCAGGCGAAGCGGAAGGAGGGGCCACUACUGCCAACCUUCGAGAGAAUCCCCCGCGUGAUGAUGCAAGAGACAAAGCGAAGGGGGGAGACCCCCCAAAAGAGACCACCCCAACAUGGGAGGAAGAGGGCGUUCCCCCCACUGGUGUUAGUAAAAAUGUUAACGCGGGUCACACCGAUUGCAACCAGCUCAGCCACGAAGAACUCUCCGAAAACGUUGCAGAGGGAAACUUCCUGCACAAGCUGAACGAUCACAGGAAGAAGAAAAGCGAACAGAAAAAAGGGAAGAAAUACCUGCACUUCAAUUUGUACAAAGAAAACAAAGAUAUAUGCGAAGUGCUCCACAAAAUAAAAAUAAAUUUGAAGAAAAAAAACGGAGACAUAUCCUACUGUGGGAUUAAGGACAAGAGGGGCAUAACGGUGCAACGGUUUUGCAUUCACAAGGCGAGGAAGGUGGACCUCUUUAGGCUGAUAAUGGGGGGGGACUGCGACGGCCGCGAUAGAGGGAGAAGCGGCCAUAGAAGUGAUGGCAGAAGCGGCCAUAGAAACGAUGGCAGGGGGCGCGCGACCCCCUGGUGCAACAACGUCUACGUGUCGAACCUGAGCUACGCAAAAAGGAAACUCUCCCUGGGCGACUUAAAGGGGAACUUCUUCAAGGUGCUAAUCAGGGGCGUGGAGGACAGCUCGGAGGAGAAAUUCUGCGUGCUUACGGACAACUUUAGGAAGGCAGGGUUUGUGAAUUACUUCGGCCACCAACGGUUUGGCAGUAAGCAAAUAAAAAACUACGAAAUUGGCAUCUGCAUACUGAAGAAGAACUACAAGCAGGCCCUCUUCCACGUCGUUGAGAAUGCCGGGCUGGACAGCUCCAAGAAGGCUCGCCUCGUUGAGUACUUGAACGAGGUGGAGGGGGGAAGGCUAGUGGUAGACGAAGGGGGAGCGACGCACCAGGUGGAAGACAAAAGGGGAGCGGCAAACCGGGUGGUAGACAACGGGGGAGCGACGCACCAGGUGGUAAACAAAGCUGAGGCCGUCGUUCCGGCCACACCCAAUGAUGAGUCACACGCGUGGAAAGACGAGAAGGAUGGUCAGGCAGAAGGAAGCCAAAACGACUUGCAACAAAAGGGAGGCCCAACCGCACAUCUUCAAAACGACUUGCAACAAGAGGGAGGCCCAACCGCUCAUCUUCAAAACGACGCGCAUCAAAAGGGAGACCCAACCGCUCAUCUUCAAAACGACGCGCAUCAAAAGGGAGACCCAACCGCUCAUCUUCAAAAUGAUGCUCAUCAAAAGGGAGGCCCAACCGCUCAUCUUCAGAACGGCGCUCUUCCCCCACAAAAUUCAGCAAAACAACCCUUUUUUAAAAAAAAAAAAGAAAAAAAAACGAACGCCACCCCCCGCAGCAACGCAAAAGAAGAGCAAAACAAACUGCCGAAGGACAUUUCCGAAAUUUUAAACUCCAUUUCGAGUCACUCCCAUGUAGAAAAAACAAUUCUGUGCUCCUUAAAAAAUGAUAAAAAUUUUAAAAAUGCAUUUAUGAAUUUACCCAAGGAUAUUUUUUCCCUCUUUAUACAUUCUGCCCAAAGUCUCAUUUUCAACAUCCUUGCGGAUAUUCGGAUGAAGAAGUAUGGCUUUAGCGUCGUGGUUGGCGAUUUAAUAGAGUCCACUCGUAACAAUGAUGAGGUUCCCACCAGUGACAGUUCCACUGAGCAUCACUCAGAUGAGUCCGAAGGGGACGAACCUCCAUAUGAAACGAACGUAAUAAUAGUGACCCACGAAAAUAUUUCUUCGUACAAUAUAUAUGAUGUUGUUUUGCCUUUACCAGGAGAUAAAAAUUUUUUGUUUCCUCCGAACCUGAUAGACCAAUACAAAUCUGUUUUGAGCAGUUUGCACUUAUCGUUAGAUGACUUUCGGUCUGAAAAGAACUUCUUCAGUGCACCCGGCGGGUAUCGGAAGGUCGUUGUAAAGCCUCGUGAUGUGAAGUCCCUUUUUAUUAAAAGCGGCGCAGCGGGGGAGGGCAGGAUUCCCUUCAUACGGAGCGAUUUGAGCCGCCUGAUGGAGGGGGAGGGUCGGGGGGCCAACUCAGCGGCGAGGAGUGAAGGGCCAAAAGGGGAUGCCGCCAACUUAGCGGCGAAGAGUGAAGGGCCAAAAGGGGAUGCCGCCAACUUAGCGGAGGAAAUCCAGAGGCACAUCACCUUCGUCCGGAGUGACGCCUACCACGAGUACCUAGUUAAGGAGGUGCCCAACUACCGAACGACGGCCUCCGUCCUUUUGACUUGCUCCCUCCCCAAAUCGUCCUACAUCACGGUGGCCCUCCUGGAGGUGCUGAACGGUUAG